AUGGCGUCUACAACAUCGCUCCUCCGCCGCUCGCUGCAUCCCAUCCGCGGUUCCUUUCUCCGCUCGACCACAACCACACCUACAGUUACGACUCGUCUCCCGCAACUCCGCUACAGCUCGCACUCCCCGCUUGGCGCCACGGCUGCCAACCCCCGCAAGAAGGUGACCCUGCAGACGCUGCGCGGCAUGUACAAGCGCGGCGAGCCGAUCACCAUGCUCACGGCGCAUGAUUUCCCGUCGGGUCAUGUGGCCGAGGCGGCGGGCAUGGACGUCGUGCUUGUUGGCGAUAGUCUGGCCAUGGUGGCGCUGGGUAUGGAAGAUACGAGUGAGAUCGUCAUGGAGGAGAUGCUGUUGCAUUGUCGCAGUGUGGCGCGCGCAGUGAAGGGGGCUUUUACGGUUGCGGAUCUGCCUAUGGGCUCGUAUGAGGUCUCGCCGGAGCAGGCUUUGCAGUCGGCCAUUCGCAUCAUCAAGGAGGGUAGGGUGCAGGGUGUCAAGAUUGAGGGCGGCGAGGAGAUGGCACCGACGAUCAAGCGGAUCACGCAGGCGGGGAUCCCUGUCGUCGGCCAUGUCGGGCUCACGCCGCAGCGGCAGCAUGCGCUGGGUGGCUUCCGCGUGCAGGGGAAGUCGACGGCGGGCGCCUUGCGGCUGCUGCAGGAUGCGCGCGCGGUGCAGGAGGCCGGUGCGUUCAUGAUUGUCGUCGAAGCGGUGCCCGCGGAGAUCGCGUCCAUCAUCACUAAGAAGCUGCGCGUGCCGACCAUCGGAAUCGGGGCUGGCAAUGGCUGCUCCGGCCAGGUGCUGGUGCAGAUCGACAUGACGGGCAACUUCCCCCCGGGUCGCUUUCUCCCCAAGUUCGUCAAGAAGUACGCCGAUGUCUGGGGCGAGGCCAUUAAGGGCAUCGAGCAGUACCGCGACGAGGUCAAGAGCAGAGCGUACCCGUCGGAGGAGUACACCUACGCCAUUCCCAAGGAAGAGCUGGCCGAGUUCGAGAAGAUCGUCAAAGAGAGCUCGUCAUGAAGGAUGCGUUCCUUCCCUCCAGCACCAUUGAUCGCUUGUUCACGAUGCGCCCUUGCGUUAUAGACCCUUGAGGAUCAC